UUGAUGGAAGGCCGGGGAAGGUCGCACUGUUGUCGUUCCAACUGGUCAUGCUCAGCCCGCCGAAGGGCUAUGGCCCCAGCGUUGUGAGAGUAUUUCAAGGCGUGCCGGGGAACGUAUCCAAAGGCAUUGCGAGAUGAGCAGGCCCCCAUCAUGUUGUGGUAGCGAAGGAGGAAGUAAGGCAUUUGAUUGGCCAUGUUUGGGAGUACCAGGUACGGCACGGUAAUGGGCAGCUUUGUCGGACGGGCCGAGAGCGACAGCAUGUGUCAUCGACUCCAAACAUCCCUGAAGUGGGGAUGGCGACAUAAAACGCGUGGUGAUGGCCGUCCUCGUCGACUCUGUGAGAUUUUCAGACUCCAUCGCAUCGUGUCGUAUCAUGGCGUCAUGUCGUGGUGGGAGGAGAGCAUACGUGUUUGCGGUCAUGACAUGGAGCUCAUGGAAGGUCGGGUCAUUCUUGUCCAGAUUCGCUAUGCUUCGUCCAACGAGGACAUGCAACAAAUUUCGCUCCCCAACUGGUCAAGGCAGCAACAAGGUUGCUCUGUGAGGCAAGUCGUGAGGUUGACGGAACAGGCACGGACAGCGGUGGCGGCAUCUCUGUGGUCGAGAUAUUGGCUGCGGAGGAAGACUGUCUGUGUAAUGCGCCGUGUAGCUCGCUGUAGACCCCGUCGCGUGGUGUCGUAGCAUCUUGCUGUAACGUGGAGUGAGGAAAGGCAAUGCGUUCGA